AUGUCCAUGGAGCUUCAAACCGCCGGAAAUCCGAGAAAAAUGGCGGUUCACAUGGGAAGCCCAAUCUCACAUCCCAAUCCUCCGCCUAUUCCUAUUCGAUUCCUGCACAAAACCCUCGACUCAAUGCCGGAAGCUCACCGUCCACAUAACCCCCGCAGAGUCUCUGGUCCUGAGUCGCCGGUGAGCUUCAGUGCCCUAGACGAUCACAUUGAAGUCAAGCUCGUCCUCCUCCUCCCUGUUGAUCACCCCAUUGUUUUGAGCUUCGAUUCUUUACUCAGUUUGGAUGGAGGGGAGGAGAAAGCGUUGGAGGGCGAAUUGAAGCCGCUUUCGUUGGCUUCUGGUAAAUUUGCUUUCUUUGCAGGAGGGAAAACGAUGUACAGAGAAAGAAGACUACAAUUUUUUGUGUUUUUAUGGAGUGAUUGAGCAAAGUUGUAUUAAAGUUGUGGUCUUUUCCUUUUCGAUGAUUAAUGAGUUGGCCCAUGUUGGUAAUUGUUGAUCAAUACAUUAGUUUUCUGGGAUAUUGUUGUAAGGGCAUGAAUUAUCAUGUUGAAAAGUGUGCACAUUUUGUUUUGUUAAUGCCUUUUAUUUAGGGUUCUGCAUAAUGAUGUACCUCUGUUUUUUUUAAUCAGGAUUGUUUGUUUUCUUUU